GCGAAGGCAGGCAAGCCUAGACCAGCCAAUGAACGCUAGUAGUAGAGUCUAAUGGACGAAGCUGAACGAAAUUUCUUGGAAGGCCUAUUGGAUAUUUUAUCACAAUUCAUCCGCUAGCAGUUUCACCAUAUUACGACGUUUUCGUGUUUCUUGUAUUUUCCAGUGUAACCGUUGUGGAAUCCAGAUACAUUGACAGCCAUCCUAGAGAACUAAAGUGUAAAUUCCACUAAGCAUUGUCUGACCGUUUGGGAAGCUCUCAAGAAAUUCUGGUACAAAGAGAAGAUGGCUUGUGUUACGUUGAAACGUAGUUUGGAAUUCGAUCCCGUGCACAGUCCCGGUGGCCGCACUCCUAAACGGAGGAGAUGUAUGCCUAUUUGCAUGCCUCCCACUACUCCACCAACAAAGUGCCACGAACCUUCUCCGUUUGGCGAAGUUGCUUCAAAAUUGACUCCAGAGCAAAUAUUGGCUAAUGUCCGCGAAGAAGUGAAACGUUUCCAACGUCGUAAACAACUAAACUUCAAUCAGAGCCAAUCCCAGCAUAUGAGCAGCCAACAUCAAGACAGUUUGAUGUGUGAGAGCCCUACAAGUCCUGCUUCCCCUGCCUCAUGCCCUCGAUCACCUUCUCCAUUGAUGGCCCUGGCUUCUUCCUCAAAUCAUUUUGGUCAAAGCUGCUCAACUAAAGAGAAACCUUUGUUCACAUUUAAGCAGGUGAGUCUCAUCUGUGAGAGAAUGCUGAAAGAACGCGAAACGGAAAUUCGCGAAGAAUAUGAUCGGGUAUUGACGCUGAAACUUGCGGAGCAGUAUGACGCGUUUGUUAAGUUUACUCAGGACCAGCUACAGAAGCGUUUCGAGGCCAAUGCAGCACCGUCUUAUUUGUCAUAAGAUUCUACUGGCGCAUAAACUAAAGCUUAUUUUUUAAAAAAAGAAAAUUCAUUUGUUUUUUUUUCUGAUGUCAAUUCACCAUGGUGAACUGAGUAGAUUUCCUCGCUCCCUACUUUACAUUUCCCCACGCGCUAUGCACACGGGCAUGUACGAGCGCGCGUAAUAUUAUCAUCCGCUUAUUUGUGUGUGUAAAGGAAAGAGAAGGGUGAAAAAAUCCGCCGUAUGAUCUUCAAUGUGGUUUUGUCAUACAUUUGAAAAUUGUCGUAGCCGUGUAUUUCUUUGAAAUGAUGCUCCAAACGUUAGCAAUAGGUAACACGAUUAGUUAAGAAUAAUCUCGUAUGAAACAACAUGGCUGUUGUCAAUUUAUCGUUAUGUCUGUUCUGUUCAACGAGAACUCACCCGGGGUCUCGAAGUAUUUGAACGCAAGGAAACGCAGCAUUCGAAGUGAAAAGUGGACGGGUGCCAACUUCAAUCUCCUUUCUCUGCAUUGUGAAAUGGGGAUUCGGUCCACAGUUUACUGUCUGUCCUGCACGGUCAAUGUCUUUAUUCUAAUCUAAAUGAAUUCACUUGGCAUUUUUUAUUUCCCGUUUCUCCUAGUUUCUUUUUCAAUUUUCAAGACCUUUUGAUUGUGCGGAUCGAGGAAAAAUAAUACACUUGGCUACCUCUUAUA